CUUUUGUUUACAUUUUAUCAGUCUUUAAGAAUUAUUAAAAAUGUCCUUUAAUUUCGAUCAAUUUAAUAGCAAUUCGUUGACACAACGCGAGCCAAUAUCCCGUUCAUCAGAGGAAACUCAAAUAGUGCCGUCUGGAUACGUGCAAAUCAAGAAAAAUGACGAAACACAAAUUUUUCGUAAACAAAAAAUGAAUAUUUCACUUCCAGCAAACAUAAAUUUCCUAAAUGUCUCAAAUGACAACAUAGCAAUUCUUAUGUCUGCUCAUCUACUGUUUAGAAUGAAUAUGUCGCGUGCUGACUCUCAAACUGAUGUUUCACUUGAGAAGUUUAUCGUUGGACAGCGAGUUUCAAGAAUGUUUUUAGAUCAAACGGGAAAUCAUUUAUUGCUCUCUUUAGUUCCCAAAUCAUCAGGAUAUAGUUCAGAAUUAAUGUAUUUAAACAGAAAUUGCAAUAAACCAAAGAUUCUGACAAAGUUUCGUGAUCAUGAAAUCACAGCAAUUGGAUUUAAUUGCGAAAAUACAUCAAGCAUAACAACAGGCAAUAUACUGUUGGGAACAUCUAAAGGAUAUAUCUUUGAGGCUGAUAUUGGACUCGAAAAUGAUCGAGUUAUUCAAAAUAAUUUUCGACAGGCAUUCGAUAUUGGGAGAGGAGAAAAAGGGCCAGUAACUGGAAUUGGAGUACAUAGAGCACAGAAAACAAAUAAUUUUAUAGUUCUUGUGUCUACACUCGAUCGUCUCUACAAGUUUCAUGAAUGUCUCAAUGAUGACAAGUCACUGUCAAACAUUUUUAAGCAUUACAUGAACGUUCCAGAAGAAGCUAGGGACUAUGAACAACAAUCCAGUAAAUUAUCAUAUUCACAAAUGGAUUUUAUAUUGGAAAAUAAAUAUCCGAGAGGAUUUGGCUGGUUAACGGAGGCUGGCAUAUUUUACGGAGAAAUAAAUCAAAUUGCUGAUAAUCCAAACUUUAUAUUAAGCAAAAAGACCAUAACGUUUCCCGAACAAGAUAACGAUUAUCGAACAGCAAGUUACAUUUCAAAGCACCAAAAUUUAGUUCCAAGCUCAUUUGUACUCACAGACUUUCACAUAUUGCUGCAGUAUUCAGAUCAUAUUACUGCAAUAUCGCUAAUUAGUCAUGAAAUUGUCUAUGAUGAAUACUUUUCGGACCAACAUGGAAAAUUAAUGGCAAUAAUUAAGGAUGUGAAAAAUGGAAAUGUCUACACAUUCAGCAAUAAGACGAUAUUCAAGUACAAGAUCCACAACGAAAAACGCAAUGUGUGGCGCAUAUAUUUAGAUAAAAAAGAAUUUGAACUGGCUGAAAAAUACAGUCGAGAUAAUCCUGCACACUAUGAUAUUGUUUUAUCAAGAAUUGGUGAUGAUUUUUAUGAGAGGAAGCUAUACAUUGAUGCAUCAAGAGUUUAUUCACAGACGAAAAAGAGUUUUGAGGAAGUAACGUUAAAGUUCAUGCAAGUGAAUGAGAAUUUACCAUUGAUUUAUUAUCUGAAAAGUCGAUUAAAUGAUUUAAAUCCAGCAACUGAAAAGACACAAAUAACAAUGCUGGUUGUAUGGCUUGUUGAUCUCUAUUUGACUGAAAUAAACAGAUCAUCGUUGACUUCUUUAGAAAGGCAAAAGGAGUAUGAUGAAUUUCUACUACAUCCACACGUACAGACAUGCUUAAAAGAUAAUCGAAAAGUUAUUUAUGAUAUUAUAGCAUCGCAUGGUGACAAUUACAAUCUUACAUCACUAACGACAAUGAAUGAAGAUUAUGAGGAUGUCAUUAAUCAUUAUAUCCAACAAAAUGAGUAUAGAGAUGCACUGGAUACACUGAAAAUCCCUAAACGUGCUGAUUUAAUUUAUCAAUUUGCACCAAUUAUUAUAGAGGAAUCGCCAAAGGAAACAAUUCAAAUGCUUAUGGAUCGUGGUCGUGGAUUAAAUGCUGUUAAAUUACUCCCAACAUUAUUAUGCAUAAAAAGUGAUAAGCAUCGCACGGAAGUCGUUAGAUAUUUGGAAUUUGCCAUACAUUCAUUAAGUGUUCAAGAUCAAUCCAUUCAUAAUUAUUUAAUACAGCUUUAUGCUAAGUAUAAAGAUAGUGAAAAGCUUAUGAGCUAUUUUGAGACACAAGGAAAGGAAUUGUCUAUGAUUCAUUAUGAUGUUCAUUAUGCACUGCGAUUAUGUAAGGAAUUUGAUGUUAAGCAAGCUUGUGUCUUCUUGAUGUGCAUCUUAGAAUUUUGGCAACAAGCUGUUGAACUUUCGUUGACUUUUGACUCUAAAUUAGCACAACAAACAGCUUCGCAGCCAAAUGAUCGUGAGUUGAAGAGAAAACUGUGGUUGACAAUAGCUGAAUAUGAAAUAAGAAGAAAGGAAAAUGUGCAGGAAGCUCUGGAACUGCUUAGAACUACAGAUUUGUUAAGAAUUGAAGAUUUACUGCCAUUUUUCCCCGAUUUUCAGAAAAUUGAUCAUUUUAAAGAGGCAAUUUGUGAUUCUUUGAAGGAAUACAAUCGUAAGAUACAUGAGCAAAGGAAGGAAAUGGAAGAAAGUGCUGAAGCAGCAGAAAAUGUGAGGAAAUCUAUUCAGGCAUUCAAAAAUCGAUCUGUGACUAUUUCUGGACAAGACAAGUGUUCUUAUUGUGGUGUUUUUCUGCUUCUCAAGCCAUUCUUCUUGUUUCCAUGCAGCCAUAAGUUUCACAGUGAUUGCCUCGAGAAAAAUUUACUGGAACUAUUUAAACCAGAAGAAGGCCAGAAACUCCAAAAACUCAAACAGAAGCUUUCAUCACUGUCAACACAAAUAGAAAUAUCCAAGAACCAAAACAAUUCUAUUCCAGAACAAAUUAUAGCUGCACGAGAUCAACUUAAAUUAGAUAUUGAAAAUAUAUUGGCAGCCGAAUGUACAAUGUGUGGAAGUUUGAUGAUACAGCAGCUUGACAAGAAGUUUUCAAGCUCUAAUGAACAGUGGUAAAAUUCUUGUGGCUGAAUAUUCCAACGGAAUUUGAAAAUUCAAAUUUUAUCGGAUUUUUGAGAUCCAGUUUUGAAGAUCCAGCCAGGCAAAUGAAGUCACAAGUCAUCGCCUAUAAAAUAACAGUCAAAUAUUACUCAUCCUAAUUAUUAUUAUAUCAAUCAUGUCCAUUAGCUAAAUAUUGCUUUAUUAUCAAUCUAAAUAAAAUAAUACGCAUUAUUUACUCAACAUGGAACAUCUUCUUCAUCAUCU